AUGGAAAAUUCAACAAGUUCACAAAUCAACAAUAGCUCUGAUAAUAAUUUGAUCAAUCAUAAUGAAUAUUUACCAACAAAUGAAGAAUUUGAAACACUAUUAUCGUUAUACUCGGUCGUCAAUGAAAACGAAAAUAUCGAUAUAUUACUUGACGUAAAUUCAAGCGUGACAGGUGAUCCUUUAUAUAUGUCUAUAUUUCGAUCAUUUAAAAAUUAUAUUUUGCUUCUAGAUUUAUCGUUAUGUGAUAGUCAAGGUCAAAAACGACCUUUUGAAGAUAGUCUGAAUAAAAUUGUACAUAAUAAACGUUCUGAUUCAUCCAAUGAUGCUAUUGUUGAUGAUAUUUUGAUUUUAAAACAAAAAUAUAUUGAACUUGAAUCUAAAAUUAAAAAAUUAGAAGAACAUUGGAUGUGUAUGUAA